AUGCCAGCCGGCUCUGAGAGCCUCGCAGGCCAUCCAGGUCCCACGUAUAUUUCACCUCACUCGGCCGAGGUCAUCCUCUCCGAAAUCCGCCCAAUAAAACUCAAGGUCGACGCGCUCGCAUCUAUCAAUGUCUUUCUGGACGAACUGCUCUGGAAUGUCCUCAAUGCUUCGCGGUCGUUGACUACAGACAAACUGAAGGCGGGCUUGACGAAGGUGCUACCGACACCGCUGGGGAAAGAAGCGUUGCUGGAGGCGGAAGUCGAGUUGAGGGCGUACUGGGAGCGGACGAGUGCUUCUACACCGUCGUCGCCGCACAGGCCUGGAGAUGAUGAGAAGACGUUCAAUCUGGAUUUGGCUUUCGAGCUGCUCCGACUCAAGUGCCAGGCGUACUCGACGCUGAACGAUGCUGACGAGGAUCCGGAUGUGGAAACUCGUUUGUACGAGCGACUUCUGUCUGCUGGAGCGCCAGUUUCGCCACCAAAACCCGCGCUUGUCUCUCCUGCUGCAUUAUACUUGACCGCUAUACUUGAGUCAAUUUGCGAGCAUAUUCUCUCGAAUGUGGGCCGAGUUGCUGCCCGAGAUAGCAGCAGAACUACGGCCACUGUGCAUGACCUGUACAUAGCCCUAUGCGAGGAUGACGCUAUCUAUGGCCUCUUCAAGACUAUGAAGGUUUAUGAACAGAUAGAGGCCAUGUCGCGGCCUCGGCGAAGCAAAUCUUUCUCGCGACCGUCAGAUAAAGACGGUUCUCCUCUGCGCACAGGUUCCCCCAGCAAAGACUCUCAGGGUCGGCUGCGCUUAUCCUCGGACUCAUCCACCGCGCAUGGCCAUUCGAAUUUUGGGAAUAUACCCGCAGCAUCUACGUCCCGUCCUUCUUUUGAGAAAGCUCGAGCCUUGAAGAUCUUUUCAUCUCACAACCGGUCAUCCAGCGACCAGAAUCGGACUAUAAACGAUCAAGCGGAAGCCCAGAACGGGCAUAAGAAGUCUGAUUCCCUUCUCACCAACGGGUCAAAACCAUCCUUAGGGAGAGGUAACGAUAGGCCAGCCGCGCCUCUGGGAGAGUUCGAGGAUGAUGGCGACUCCAUGCACUUCGAAGAUUUAAUGGCUUCGGACACCACCAUGAAAGUCUCUUUGACCCCCGACAGACUGAAGACGAUGGAGAUGUAUAACAAGGAGCGGAGUCGACGCGAGGGCACUCGGACUGGCAAACCUAAUGCGCAGGAUGCCGUCAGGCCUGCCGGUAGUGAUACCGACGAUUCUUCCAGUCUAAACCCAAAACGUUCCCACGGUAACAGACGGCCCGUGUUGCGCCACGUGGAUUCUAUCAUCGAGGACGACGAGGAAAAUCAUGCUUCACUCCCUAAAGUCGCCCCGCGCGGCAAUGGACUUGCUCCUCCCGAACUCAUGCCCUCACGUCCUCCUACCUCGAACAACGCGCGUGCGCGCUCGAUCUCUACAUCUAAUGCUGUGAAUUCCAGGUCUCAGGCGCAAGGCUUGAAUCGCAAAGCGUCACUUAAUGUGGUAUCUUCGUCCUUCACUGAGUCUCCGGCUCACUCCCAGAAGAAAGACCGGCCAGUGCCCAAGCAACUGGACAUGUCAGGUGGAGGCCCGCAACGAACCCGGAAAAUUGGUCGGCGACGUGAAUCGUUGGACUUAGACGACAUCAUGAACGGUUCAGACGAUGAUGACGCAGAGUCCUUGAAACCGGUACCCAAGACGCCCAAGACGCCGAAAUCAGCCCAUCCAGUCGUAUCCAGCACAACUCGAGAGCUUAUGGAUUUCCUCGCGGAAGGCCCUCCCGACGUGCCCACUCUGCCGAAAACGACGAGUGUGACCUCGUUCGAGACCGCCAGGUCUCCUGGGAGAUCAUUCGGUUUGAGACGAAUGGUGUCCAAGCUGACUAGAGGUCCCUCGACGGAACAACUGAAUGGUCGUGACAAGCCCAGCGACGAAUUUGGUUCCGGCUCGCUCAGUCGGCGCUUACCUGGUGCGAGUGCCACCAGCGUUUCCUUGUCACAGCAGUCCCUAUCUUCCAAGCGGUCCUACUCGAACGUGGUUGUUGCCACCAGACCCCCUCGGUAUCCUCAGACUCUUGCUUCGCCUCCAUCCUCACCUUCACAAGGCUCGUCAGAGGAUGCGAACUCACAUUCGCCUCCGUCGUCCUACUCCCGUGGGACCGGCUUGUCCCGCGACGCCAGCGACCUGACUAUGACCUCGGUUGCUUCUUCCGUCGUGUCAAGUAGAUUAGAGGAGUCUCGGAAGACAGCUUCACCCUCAAUCGACGUAUCUUCGGUUGCGUCUCGGGGUCAGCGUAAAGAUAUUUCAAUCCAUCCGGUAGAAAGAUCAGAGGAGGACUCGAGUAAAAUCAAGUCUCCCAUCCGCGCCUUGCCUACGCCCCCUGCAUCUGGAUUCAAGGAAGCGGCUACCAAAGAUUCACAAGUUAAAGAAUCUCUUCCGACUGUGCAGGCGAAGCCGACCAAUGAGCGCCCCAAGUCCAAGGGCGGCAGGAACAUCCAGGCAACCGCAGCGGACGAACCGGCUGUCCUGGCUAGUCAAGCUGCCGGUAACCUCCCGUCUGUGGAUGAGAUUCGGGAUCUGCGUCGCCUCUUAUCCAAAGCCACCUCGGCCGACGAAUGUCGCCUACUGAUUGAUAUGUUGUUGGUGAAGUGCGGUUUUUCGUUGGACGAAGAUCCUCGAGCGGCAUAUCCUUCCCCUUCACCAUCUAUCGAUACCCCCCUCCCGUCUCAAGACUCUGGCCUUGAGCAGUCACUAGUGGAGUUACUCCUCUGCGGCAGCGCCGCUGAUGUAUCUCAGGACACCGGAAUCAAGGAGAAUAAUGACGCCACCGUCUCUCACCAACCCGCCUCUCAUACCAAUAAUUCCUCAGCGGUUCGGAAGCAGAGGCGUGAAGCAACGGACUUCUCGCAGGCGAUAGUGCCGCCAGUUAUACGCAUGGAAGGUUGA